GCAGCCAGCGCGGAGCUCUAUGUAGAGUGGGAUGGCGAUGCCUUGCUUGCUGGAGGUUACACCGCCGUGUAACUAGAGUAAUCUCACUAGAGUGGGUACCUCAAGAUCCCUACCUCUGUCUCCGCCGUGCAGUGCAGCUUCGCCUGGCCUGGUGAGUCUAGUAGAGCACUAUACACCACACUACAUCAUCACCAUCUCCAUACUAUCGCGCCCCUCCCCCACCACGACGACGAAGACGACGGCACUCUUCCACCCCGCCUCCGCCCCACCCCCACCGACGAUACCCUACAGAUGGAGAGCACCCUCUUCCCAUCCACGCCCGCGCUCCCGGCCCGCGCCCCGGAAAUCAUCCGCGCUCACACGAUACAGCUACAGAGUGCGUCGCUGAGCUCGCGCGAGGCCGAGCGGCAGCGGCGGUUCCAGGGGCUUGUGCGGCGCUACAUGUCGCAGCUGCUAUACGGAUGCCAGCGGGCGCACUGCGACACGCCGACGUGCUACAGUGCGCGGAAGCGUUUACCCCGGAACUCGAAUGCGUCGCGCCGGCUGUCGCUGCUGUCGGCGCGCAUCAUUGCGUGCAAUCUCGCGGCCGGCGAUGAGCCGCUCCGCGCGCUGUGUCCUGGCAAGCCCGUUGUGCCCACGCUCGCUACGGGGGGAAAGCGCACAGAGAAGGAGGUGGGUGUGGUCACCGAUAAGGGCGCGAAGGAUCCUAGGUCGUUUACGCAGAUGCUGUUUAAUACUGUCGCCUUGAAGAUGGUCGAGUGGAUUAGUCUGCCGCCACCGCUGCCGCCGAGGAAGGUGGAGGGGGAGGAGGGGGAGGAAGACGGGGAGGGGGAGGAAGACGGGGAGGGGGGGGGGCAGGAGGAGGAACACGAACCGCCGAAAUUGAAGUUCCCGGUUAAUCCUCUGGACGUGAUGGAUACUGGCCGGAUGAACAAGGAUUCCGAGGCGGUCAGUCAGAUGCAUCACCAGGAGAUACUACAGCAGCAGACGAGGCGGAGGAUGUCGUCCGCAAAGGAUGUGACGCCGACGCCACACUCAAAUGCGAAGGCGAAACUCACCACCCCCAUAAACACUUUUAUACCGCCACCAGUAUAUCACCAACCACGACUGCGGAAGGAAAAGGACGCGGCAGCGGUUGCGAAGCCACAUCUCACGCCUAGCAGAAGCGACAAGAACGCGGCGACGUUGAUGCUUUGGCCGGCAACGGAACCGGUGGCGGUGGGGCCGCAGAGCUUGAAGAUCCUGAAUGAGGAUAUCUGCGAGGCACUGUGGCAGAUGUGCAGCGACCCUGCGACAUCGGAAGCGGAGAUGAUCGGAGUGGUGGCGUUUGCGGAACAGAGUGUUUUCUACGUUCUGUCCACACCGGAAGCUGCUCUUGCGUCGUUUGGUGGCGUUGGAGAUGACGAUUCGGUCGGCUUCGAUUCGGGAUCGGUCGAGAGGGCGCUCGGCUUGCUGUACAAGUGUGGACUGCAGGAAUGCGCUAUACGCGCUGUGUGGGAAGGAAUGGCAAACGUCUUCUCGAAGCCCGGUAAAGGCUUGUCGGAUAAGGCCGCGGCGGGCAUGAUCGUCGUGGCUCUUCAUGUGCUGGCACGGGGGCUUGUGGACGACGAAGAGGUGUUCAGGAUUGUGACGGAGUUGAGGGCGGCCGGGAAAGUGUCGAAUGGACAUGAUGUCGCCCCGGAUAUAGGCUUCGAGGACGAGCUUGCCGAGCGGCUGAUGAGGAGAGUUUUGAGGGCUAUAGCAUUUAGAGGGACGGAAGGGGAUGCCACGGUUUCUCAUCUGAAGCAGUACCUGCGGAGGUGCGAACAGCUACAUAGGAAACAGAGAGAUCUGCAGAUUGUGGCUGAUUUCGGGAAGGAGCUGGUUGGAAUGGCUAAUGAUGGGUCUAUCAGAGGAGGAACGGGACUCGCCAGGUGCAUGCUGGAGUGGACGAGGGUGGUGUUCGCUAGGUGUUGGAAUGGCGACGAAGUGGUGACGCGGAACGGUCUCGCUGGUGCAUGUGUUGAGAUGUUCGAGCUGCUCCAUGCGGAUUACGAGGCCUAUGGACUGUUUCCAGAGGUCUUCGAGACGUGGAUGAUCGGACAGCGGAUAAGUCCCACUGUCUGGCCAGUCGCGUGGUGCAAUAAAACUAUCAAGACAAGAGCACCCGACGAUAUCCACCUCCUGGACCACGCAUACCUCUUUUCGGUCUCGCAUCGAGUCACGUAUUUCCGUGCCAUCAACCUGGACAUCAUGAAGAAGGCGUAUGAGAGUGCGAUCGCGAAUCUCCGCAUGGUCAGCCAGAUGAGCGAUCUGACGAAACUGGGGUAUCCCUACUUUGCGGCAAAGAUCGAUACCGCUCUCAGCAUAUACUUCGUCAUUGCCGUUCGCCGAACAAACUUGCUAGAGGACGCACUCAACCAAUUGAUUCAUCGCGAACACCGCGAGUUACUACGACCACUCAAGAUCCGGUUUGCGGAGGGAGAGGAGGGCGUUGACCAAGGUGGCGUGCAGCAGGAGUUCUUCUCCCUGUUGAUCAAAGAAAUCAUGUCACCAGAGUUCGGGAUGUUCGUGACGGACGAGCGCACACGGAUGUCGUGGUUCUGGGAGGGCAGUCUCGAGAGUUCCGCAAAGUUCGAGCUCGUGGGUCUCGUCGUCGGCCUCGCAGUCUACAACGGCAUCACCCUUCCCGUGAACUUUCCAAAGGCGCUGUACAUCAAGCUCCUUGGCGGCACGCCGACUCUCGACGACAUCGACGAUUGCUGGCCCGAGCUGGCGCGCGGCCUGAGGGAUCUCCUCACCUGGGAGGACGGAGACGUCGCUAACGUCUUCAUCCGCACGUAUGAAUACUCCACCGAUGUUCUUGGCCAGGUCCACUCUGUCGAUAUGGAGCAUGCGAAAACGAACGGCCCCGAGUUCCUGCCGCGCCCCAUCCCGAGGAUUAAAUCUCCCAAGAAAAAACCCGCCGCCGUGGCGGAAGACAAGAAGCUGGAGCAUUGGCUGCCCACACUCGCUGCGCCGGAUGAGUGGUUGGGCUCGCUGAGCCAGAUCCUGGAGAACAUCAAUUCCGAGGAACGCGAUGAGCGCAUGCAACGACAGAGGACUGCGAAUGCCGAGGCACGCGAGGAGCUUCUGCAACGGCAGAGGGCUCGGGGCACCGAGGAGCGAGAUGGGCGCCUGCAACGACAGAGGACUGCAAAUGCCGAGGAACGCGCGGAGCGCCUGCAACAACAGAGGACUGCGAAUGCCGCGGCACGCGAGGAGCACCUGCAACGGCAGAGGAUUGAGGAUGUCGAGGAACGUGAGGGGCGCCUGCAACGACUGAGGACUGGGAAUACCAGGUAUACUCCUGGCAAUGGAGAUGAGCAGCCGGAGACGAUGCCGGAGCAGUCUGAUACCCAGUUGGUGGAAGAGGUGGAAGAGACGAGUACAGAGACCCGAACGGACGAGAAGCCACAGCAAGUCCCCGAUUCUCAGCCAGAUCUAGCCAACGCCCCACCGCCACAGCCAGAAGACGAAGAAGCUCUCCUACCCUCACCCCCAACUACACCCCACGAAGCCCCUCUAGUAACCAACGCCAACCGCGAGGAAUACGUCCGCGACUACAUCUCCUGGCUGACAUCACGCUCGAUCCACCCCGCCUAUACCUGUUUCGCGCGGGGCUUCCACGCGCUCCUCCCUCAACGCAGCCUGCACCUAUUCUGUCCCUCGACGCUGCAAACACUGAUUGAGGGCUCGUCCUCCACCACGCCGCUGUCGAUCACACGUCUCGAAGCAGUGUGCAAAUACGAAGACGGGUACCACGCGGGACACCGAGUGAUCCGCGACUUCUGGGCGGUAGUGCACAGCUUCAACGAGGAGAAGCGGCGGCAGCUGCUCGAGUUCGUGACCAGCUCGCCGCGCGUGCCGAUCGGCGGCGUCGAGAACAUCAUGUUCUAUAUCGUCCGCAACGGCGAGGACUCGGAGCGCCUCCCGUCCAGCCUGACGUGUUUUGGCAGGCUCCUGCUGCCGGAGUAUGCCAACAGGAAGAAGCUCAAGAGGAAGCUGGAGCUGGCGCUGGAGAAUAGUAAGGGCUUUGGGAAUCCGUAGCCUGUAGCGUGUGUAGAGUGUGUACUUGUGCAUGUACUUAUGAUGUGUAUGUACGAUAGGAAAUGGAAGGAAUGACAAUGAGGUG